AUGGGGACAAUAAUCCUACCCAGCUUAUUACUUUUACUUAUUGGACCAGUUAUUUGUUUCGAUGAUGAAACUGAACUCCAAACUACGUCUGGGUUGCGUAAGACGUACACCACUUUCGUUGACCUAUUAGUUAACGAGUUUCUAAAACAGGAAUGGGAUGAAGGGGAGAAACCGUGCUUCGCUGAAGUUAUAAAUAUCUUAAAGAAUGUACAGAAUUCAACACUCUGGGCCACGUGGAUUUGGGACAGUAUCCAACUUCCAAGCGGUCAAUUUUAUGGAUCUAAAAAUCACCUUGGUAACUUUGACCAGUGCCUGCGAAAAGUUUGGCCGGAAAAUAAUCCGGUGCAAACGCAGUAUUGUCUCGUAGACUUUAAACUUGCAGAUAUUGAGACUAGCAAAACAUUAGGCGAUGUACACGCUUAUGACACUGCAGAAAGCUAUUUCCACAUCCAAACCGAGUACAAAUUGACGUUUAACACCUUGUCAUGGGGCGUUUGCGUGCCAGCGGUUUGCCGAACGCAGUCUAUCGACAGAUUUGUCCGAACUCUAUUCAGGCUCAGCCACAUGGGUACCGUCAACCACCACCCUAAUAUUAAAAUUCAGGAUUGUCGAGUUUCCCGAACGCCACCGGCAAAUAUCACCGGUUUAUACUUGCUUGUGCUUUCUGCACUAAUUUUAAUUGUUAUUGCAACAACUUGUACUUACGUUACUAAAAAGUAUGAUACAUCUAAAUCUGAGCGGAUUGUAAUGAAGAUUGUGCGUGCCUUCGAUCUCAAAAGCAACUCCACGGAUCUUAUGUCAACCAAGAAAGACGAUAUCAAGGUUAUGCACGGAAUCAGAUUUCUGUCGACAUUUUUUGUGGUCAUACUUCACGUUAUUUUCAUCAACAUCUUGACUUCUGUCGGUAACACCUUGGAUAUGCACGAUGACGUAAAACGCUACAUAAGCUUCAUGUCUCACAGCAACGUCGUUGUGGACACAUACUUCAUGAUGUCUGGCCUACUUCUGAUGAAGAGUUUUAAGCCUGAAACUGGACGGAAUAUAAGUCCGUCCAAGGUGCUGUUGAAACGUUAUUUCAGAUUGAUAUGGGCGUUCAUCGUCAUAAUCCUGAUUGUGGUGAUAACUCUACCGUUUAUUUAUGGAGGUCCUCUAUGGUCAAAAUACGCCAAGUUUGAACAGAAGGCGUGUGAAAAGACGUGGUGGGUGGGCUUACUAAUGCUGGGGAACUACGUGUCCACUAGGAACAUUUGCUUCAAUAUCACUUGGUACGUACCGGCCGACUAUCAUUUGACCGCGCUCAGUACAACACUGUACUGGCUGUACCAGAAAAACCGUCGCGGUGGGCAGUACCUAUUCGGUCUUGUUAUAGUUAUUUCGUUGCUGCUGCCAGGAAUCUAUAACUUCAUCAACAGGCUGGACGCCGUCACCGUCAUCGAUUUUGAGACAAUAGCGGAGAGUCGCAAAUACAUUACGGGCUCCGCUAUGUAUGUGCACAGCCAUCUUCGAGCAAGUCCGUACUUCGUGGGACUAAUAGCCGGAUACAUCAUAUCCGUGUACAAGCCAACUAACUACAGGAACGUUAUUUCAACGAAAUACUCAAUACUUGGCUUCGUUACGAUCAUGGCUCUGGCGGGCCUCGUAAUUGUCGUGGGUUCCGUCUAUCGUUUCCUAGAAUACGACGCUCUGGAGUCUGCGUUCUUCGCCGCCGUCAAUAGACCACUGUGGGCCUCGCUCAUGGCCGCUUUCAUACUGUUGUGCGAGUACGGGACCUUACCUCUGGUCACUGACUUUCUGGGGUGGUCGGCAUUCGCACCUCUCAGUAAGCUCUCCUACGGCAUUUAUAUGUGCCAUUACUUCUUUGUCAUGAGGCUCACGCUAGACUUACGCACCCCAGCGUGGCACGACAUGAUGAAACUGAUACAAGAUGCCUUUGGAAUUUUGACGUUAUCGUGUGUUGCCAGUCUGUACAUUACUUUAUUCCUUGAGUCGCCCUUAAAUAACUUAGUGGAACUGGUUCUGAAAACUAAAUGCAGAUACAGUACGAUAAAGACAUCAAGGAAUGUAGAGUGGAAGCAAACGAAGAAGAAC